AUGAGGGCUACUCAGAGCAGACAGAAGUCGUACGCAGAUAAGAGGAGGCGACCUCUAGAGUUCGAGGCUGGGGAUCAUGUAUUCCUCAGGGUAACACCGACGGCGGGUAUUGGGAGGGCCAUAAAAUCGAGGAAGCUAACUCCGAGAUUUGUUGGGCCUUAUCAAAUUUUGAGGAGAAUUGGUGUUGCAGCUUUUGAGAUCGCUUUGCCACCACACUUAGCGAAUCUGCAUAAUGUGUUUCAUGUUUCCCAGUUGAGGAAAUACAUUGUGGAUCUGUCGCACGUACUGGAGUCAGAUGAUAUUCAGAUUCGGGAGGAUUUGACGGUGAGCACUAGACCGGUGCGAAUUCUAGACUCACAAGUGAAACAACUGCAUGGGAAGGAAAUCCGGACCGUGAAGGUGCUAUGGGAUGAGACCACUCAGGAGAUGACCUGGGAGAUGGAGGAUCGCAUGAGGCAGUCCUAUCCGCACUUAUUUCCUGGUAAGUCUUAUUUUCGAGGACGAAAAUAUUUAAAGGUGGGGGUAAUGUAA